AUGCAGCCGAGACUGGGCGGCCCCGCGCUGCCGCUGCUGCCGCCGCUGCUGCUGCUGCUGCUGCUGGGCGCGGGCGGCGGCGACUGCGGGGCGCGCGCCGAGGUGCUGUUCCGCUGCCCGCCCUGCACGCCCGAGAGCCUGGCCGCCUGCAAGCCCCCGCCCGGCGCCGCGGCUGGGCCGGCCGGCGACGCCCGCGUGCCCUGCGAGCUGGUCCGCGAGCCAGGCUGCGGCUGCUGCUCCGUGUGCGCCCGGCUGGAGGGCGAGCGGUGCGGCGUGUACACCCCGCGCUGCGGCCAGGGGCUGCGCUGCUAUCCCAACCCGGGCUCCGAGCUGCCCCUGCGGGCGCUGGUCCACGGCGAGGGCACUUGCGAGAAGCACGGGGAUGCUGAGUAUAGCGCCAGCCCCGAGCAGGUUGCAGAUAAUGGCGAGGAGCACUCUGAGGGAGGCCUGGUCGAGAACCAUGUGGAUGGGAACGUGAACAUGUUGGGAGGUGGAGGCGGUGCCGGGCGGAAGCCCCUCAAGUCUGGCAUGAAGGAGCUGGCUGUGUUCCGGGAGAAGGUCACGGAGCAGCACCGGCAGAUGGGCAAGGGUGGCAAACAUCACCUCGGCCUGGAGGAGCCCAAGAAGCUGCGGCCACCACCUGCUAGGACCCCCUGCCAGCAGGAAUUGGACCAGGUCCUGGAGAGGAUCUCCACCAUGCGCCUUCCGGAUGAGCGGGGCCCCCUGGAGCAUCUCUACUCCCUACACAUCCCCAACUGUGACAAGCAUGGCCUGUACAACCUCAAACAGUGCAAGAUGUCUCUGAACGGGCAGCGUGGGGAGUGCUGGUGUGUGAACCCCAACACCGGGAAGCUGAUCCAGGGAGCCCCCACCAUCCGGGGGGACCCCGAGUGUCAUCUCUUCUACAACGAGCAGCAGGGGGCUCGAGGGGUGCACACCCAGCGGAUGCAGUGA